AUGAACAGUUUUAUUGAGGAUCUAAAAGGACUGCUGAACUACUCCUUUCCUGAAGGUGCUGCUGAUUUUUUAACUAGAGAGGUGAGUGAUUUGGAGAUUAAGGAGGCCCUUUUUAAGCAAGGAAAUGACAAAAGUCCAGGCCCUGAUGUAUUUUCUAUAAUUGGAUUAAGGCCUGCAUCACUACCCCAAUGUACUCUCUCUCUCUCUUUAAAUGGUAGCUUGGUGGGGUACUUCAAAGGAGCUAGGGGGAUUAGGCAAGGAGAUCUUUUAUCACCUUACCUUUUUGUCAUUGCCAUGAAUGUUCUGUCCACUCUUUUAGAUGCUGCUAUAAAACAUGGUAUCUUUAAGUUCCACCCCAAGUGUAGGAGAAUCUCUCUCACACACCUUUGCUUUGCGGAUGACCUGCUAGUUUUCUGUCAUGGCUAUUUAGAUGUUGUGUUGGGAGUGCAAAGCACCUUAGAUAAGUUUUACGAGCUGUCUGGCCUUAAGCUGAAUGCUCAUAAGACAAAAUUGUAUGUUUAUGGUUUGAAUGUGCUUGACCUGGAACAAAUUCGAUUGACUGCUGGGUUUAGAUUGGGGCAGCUCCUUAUGAGGUAUCUUGGGGUGCCUCUAAUGACUCACAAACUCACAGGUAAAGACUGUGAAGCUUUACUGACAAAGAUUAAAGAUAAGCUCUGGCAAUGGUCUAAUACGAAUCUGAGUUAUAGGGGUAGACUUCAGUUGGUUAAAAUUGGCAGCGAUUCCCCAGCUAAAGGAACUCGUGUGGGAUGGAAUCAGAUUUGCUCCUUGAAAUCUGAGGGUGGUUUGGGUCUUAGAAGCCUUGUGCUUUUGGGAUGUAGAAUUCAAAGCCCACUUCAGUUGGAUCCUACGCAAACUUCUGAGGUGAAGGUAAACUGGCACAAGCUGAUCUGGUUCCCUGCUCACAUUCCUAAAUUUUCUUUAAUCUCGUGGAUGGUCAUACUUGAAUGGUUGCCUACUAAAGAUAGGCUUGUUCGUUUUGGUUUGGCUACUGACAAUGUUUGUGGUUUGUGUGGCUUUGGCAUUGAAUCUCGAGAUCAUCUCUUUGCUGAAUGUUCCUUUGCUAAGGAAGUGUAG